AUAAGAUUCUCCUUAAGAAACAGAAGAAGAAAACCCGGAGUCAUCAGAAAAUUAUAGUCGGGAGCAGCAGCAGCAGCCAUGGCUUCGUUGACGACGAUGAUAACUAUUCCUUCGAAUUUCCCCUCCCUUGGACUUCCUCCGCGUUUCCCUGUCAGAAAAUACAACUGUACUUAUGUUGUUGCUCAUCAAAAUGCAACAAAAAUGGGGUUACAUUGCUCUCACUAUAGUCUCUUCUCGCGUAUGCAUGAGAUCGGUCCUGCACGAUUAUCCUGGCCAGUACACGCAGCCGGUUCAGGUUUAGAGGCAUCUAUUGCAGAAGAAAAUGUAAUAAGAUUGAAGACCACAAAAAUUGUUGUCGAGUCCCAAGAUGAGAAUGUUAUACAAGUUAGAGUGGACGUGGCUGGGGAUGAAACACAAAAAGUUUUUGAUCAGGUUUUGACAAAUUUGGCACGCACAGCCCCACCAGUUCCAGGAUUUCGCAGGCAAAAAGGAGGAAAAACAUCAAAGGUACCAAAAAGCUUUCUCUUGGAUAUACUUGGUAAAGAGCGUGUCACAAAGUUUGUCAUACAAGAAGUAGUAAGCUCUGCCAUGGCUGAUUAUGUAAAGCAGGAAAAUCUGACUGUGAAAGAAAACAAGAUCAACACCACCCAAUCGGCAGAAGAACUCCAAUCAUUGUUCACCCCAGGGAAUGAGUUUGGAUUCAAUGCUAUAGUUGAGCUUGAAAAGUCAGAAAUUGAAAACCCAAGCUAGGCCGAGUUAGAAAAUGUGAAAGAAGCUGCUUAACCCUAGUAUAUUCUUUUCCUGUUGGAUAGGGGAAGAGAAAUGUUGUAAAUUUUUAUAGGGGAAAUGUCCCUUUUUUUUUAAUCUUUUGCAUAUCUAAUUUUUUGUAGGGAUUCUAUUAUGGUUAAUAUUUUAGACAGUAAAAAUAUACCCAUUUUUUAAA